AUGGCGCGCUUCCUUGCUCCGCUUCCUCUCGACAAUGGCCCUUUUAUGCCGCGUGAGCGUUCGGUGACACUCGGUGUAUCCGGCGCGCUCCGGCAAUUAGCCGCGGCUAGGACAAUGGACCCAUUUAAGCUGGCGAUACGUGCGCGAAGGAAGCCUAGAACAACUCUAUCGAGAGAGAUUAACUCGACGGGAGUCGGCGCAGGCAGCGAUCCGCUUUGA